AUGCGUCACUUUAGAGUGUUGCACAACUUUGAUGCGCAGGAUGCAGUGGAGCUCACCGUGAAGAAGGGUGAAAUUGUUCUCGCGGUGGAUGGUGAAGUGCAGGAGGGGUGGAUCAAGGUUGAGGUGCCUGGUGACUUGAGACGGCGCGGAUUCGUACCAUUUAAUCAUCUACGCGAGACCAGGCAGUCGGUGGCGAGGAAGCAGGAAGAAGAGGGCAGAAACAUCGGAAAAGAAGGAAGUGACAUGACAGCAGCCCCCACAUCACAUCAGCUCCCUACGAUUCCAAAGGAGACAACACCGACGUUCACUUCUGCUGCGUUUGAUUACGGUGACAGGCUGCAGAACAUGUACGGUGGUGGCGCCUCGGAUCCAUGCCCGAUGCGUCAACAAAGCGGUUCCGUAGAAACGGCCCCAAGGCGCGGCAAUGAACCCGCAGUGACAACAGCGGUAGUGACAGGGCCUGUGGCACCAUGCCCACAGGCGCAGCCCUUGACGUCCUCUGCUGUGGUUCCAGUGCCUGAGCCAUCACUACUUAGCAAUCCCAAUGCGAUAAUUGAGGCUUUCAUGAAAAAUGAACUUCAUUUCAAGCAACUUGUUCGGCAGCGUCAAGAUGCUUUGGCUCAGAUGCGAACGACAGUCGAGGAAGCAGUCGCCGAAUUGGAGGCAUGUAGAGAGAAGAAUGCCACACUGGCACGCAAACUUCGUGACUUGGAUCAAUCUGUAGAGAAGGAGCGAGGACGUUGGAAGGAGAGAAUCAUGGAAGAAAAAGCGUACAUUAAUCGAUCCUUGUCUUCCGACUAG